UGGGAGAAGCCCAGACACAGACCUAUGAGGGGAGACAUCGGACUGUACAGACAGAGCGGGAGUCAGGUGGGCACCUGGGCACAGGGCAUGUACACAUGGGAGCCACCAGGGGCGCCACCACGACCACUGAGCGCUGGGAAUAGUGAGCAGUGAGGGGACCCGGUGCCCGGCCGGACUGAGGACCGCGAUGACAUCCAGACAGUCUGGGCGCCAGGACUGGUAAGGGCACCAGGGGCCCAGCCCUCACCCCCGGGCACCUCUCACCAGAUCUGGGUAAUUGAUGCAGAACCUCCUGCCGCAAAACUUCAUUUAGUGCCCGUCAAUGGGAGAUCGAUGAGCUUUCUUCCUGCCGCUUCGCCAUCUUCACCUUUUUUUUUUUCCCCUGCGAGUUCAUUUCCCGACCGGCUUCGUUCCCAUGAGUCCAUCUGCCAUUCCGGAAAGCUAGAGGGAAGUGGAUAAUGAGGAUCCAUCCGCCCAAAUCUCCUGUGAGCCUCCCGAAACGCGUUAACUCAUCCCACAACAGACGUGGGUCGGCUGGCUCCACUGAUCGCUACGAGGAAAAUGGUGUGAAAUAGGUCAACAUGAGCGGUCUUGGGGACAGUUCAAUCGACCCUGCUAGCCAGGACCGCAAGAGGAAAGCCUCGCCAUGUGAUACCAUGCAAAACAAUGAAAAGCGCCGGCGAGAGCAAGAAAACAAAUACCUGGAGGAGCUGGCGGAGCUCCUCUCGGCGAACAUCGGGGACAUCGACAACUUCAGUGUCAAACCGGACAAAUGCAAAAUCCUUAUCAAAAGGAUGGACCAGAUCCAGCAGCUGAAGAAGAAGAAACAAGAGAAAACUUCUGGCACCGAUGAUGAUGUUCAGAAAUCUGACAUCUCAUCCAGCAGCGGUGGAGUCAUCGAGAAGGAGUCUCUGGGUCCUCUGCUCCUGGAGGCUCUGGACGGGUUCUUCUUCGUUGUGAACCAAGAGGGCCGGAUCGUCUUCGUCUCGGAAAAUGUCACCAAUUAUCUGGGCUACAAGCAGGAGGAGCUGAUGAAGGACAGCAUCUACAGCAUCCUCCACGUGGGGGACCACGAGCAGUUCGUCAAGAACCUGCUGCCCAAGUCCCUAGUCAAUGGAGCCCCCUGGUCCCAAGACUCCAACAGGCGAAAUAGCCAUACAUUAAACUGCAGAAUGCUGAUCCGGCCCCCGGAUGACACCGGGGUGGAGAACCAGGAGGCGCGGCAACGGUACGAAGUGAUGCAGUGUUUUACUGUGUCCCAACCCAAAUCCUUCAAGGAGGAAGGAGAAGAUUUCCAGUCCUGUCUAAUCUGCAUAGCGCGGAGAUUACCUCGGCCAACAUCAAUCACCUCUUUAGAGUCUUUUGUGACAAAACAAGACGCUACAGGAAAAAUCAUCUCCAUUGAUACCAGUACAUUGAGAGCCUCAGGCAGCACAGGGUGGGAAGACCUGGUCAGAAAAUGUAUCUAUGCUUUCUUUCAAGCUCAGGGUACGGAACCAUCUUAUGCCAAACAGCUUUUUCAAGAAGUAAUGAUGAAGGGAACGGCCUGCAGUCCAUCAUACAAGUUCACCCUGAGUGACGGGACCGAGCUGAGCGCACACACCAAGUGCAAGCUGUACUACCCUCAGAAUGCUGAGAUGCAACCUUUCGUCAUGGGAAUUCAUUUCAUUGAAAGGGAUCAAAGCUCUCUUUGUAGUCAAGACAACACUAACUCAGGAAUGUCACUACCCCGGCUUAGCCCCUCAAUCAACUGUACCAUCUCGCCAGCUUCGGGGGCGCCCUUCUCUUCGACCACCUCCCCAUCCAGUGGCAACAUGCUGACCUCUAGUAUGAAUCAGCAGCAGGUCACUGGCCUCCAUAACAUCAGCAGCUCCAACACCAGCCAAACAAACUAUGGAUGUUCCCCUGGAAGUCAGAUUGGAACCAAUGUUGCCUUAAAUGUGGGGCAGGCUGGACCCCAAAACAGUAACAAUCUAAACCUCAACAGUUCCCCUAUGAGUAGUCCAGGGAUAAGUCCUCCUCAGUUCAUGUCUCCGAGGCCCCGGGGAAGUCCAGGGUUGGUGUCUCGGCCUCGAACUUCAGGUAACCCCUUUUCUCCCCCAAUGCCUACCAUGCACUCCCCUGUCGGGAUCUCAAGCAGCGGUUGUAAUAGUAACAGCAGAUCGUUCUCCAACGUUCCACCAAAUUCAAUGCCAAUGCUCAAUGAAGGACCCAUGACCCCCGUAGGGUAUUCUUCUCCAUCUCCCGGCAUGGUAGGUGGGAUGUGCACCAACAACAAUGGUAGGUUUUUUUCUAAUUCCCCAAUGAAUCAGGUCAUGAAUGAUGGACCUAACAACCAGUCAACCUAUUCUACCACAUCCCCUGUCGUACGGCAGAUUUCAUCCCAGAGCUCUCCUGGGAGACUUGGUAUGCAGUCCAUAAAAAUGGAACCCAAGGACAACAAUAUUGGGAACAAUAGUGAGAACAGGGUCGGAGACGGGGAUAGCAAAAGUUCCCUGGCUGCUUCCAGUCAAAAACUUGUACAACUCUUGGCAUCCACUGCUGAAAGCAAGUUGCGGGAGGGCGACCCUACUUGCAGAGAUCCUUUAACCUGCCCCGUUGUGUCCAACUCGAGCUGUGGAAGUUCCUCGAGUGGGACGUGUCCUUCAUCUCACAGCUCUUUGACCGAGAGGCACAAGUUACUGCAUCGACUCCUACAAGAAGGGAGCCCCUCGGACUUAAGUACUUUGUCUAUAGACCACGACAAGAAAAGCUCUGGGUCCGGCAGUAGCCAGACUCCGGGGAACACGUCUGAGAUAAAAGUGGAGAAAAAGGACUCCAAAGAUCAAAUUCUUCGUAACCUACUGGAUGAGAAAGAGGUGAAACCCACUCCUCUGAGUCUGGAUGAUGUGAAAGUGAAAGUGGAGAAGACCGAGUCAAUCGAUCAGUGCGUCUCUGCUACCAACACUAUGGGGAAGCCAAUGCAAGAAGACAUCAAACUGGAGACGCACGACCAGUUUGCAGCGGAUUUUGACCAGCUGGACCAGUUACUUCCAACACUGGAAAAAGAGGCGCAGCUUCCUGGAUUCGGUGGAACAGACCAGACAGAAUCGGGGUUACCUCUGAAGAACGAAAACCUGCCUCCAUCUUUACAAGCUGGUACUGUGGCCCGGACUCCCACGGGGCUGAACAAUUACAAUGGCAUCAACCCAACUCAUUCUCCCUUUGGAUUCUGUGAGUCUUUAGACCCGGAACUGAAUCCAUUCCCUGCACCUACUGACACCAGUCCCCGGUCAGGACUGACACCGGAGCAGGGUCGUGGAGUUUUACCUGGAGCGCCAACAUUUCAGACAGAUCCUGGUUUGCCGGACUCGGACUUGGGAAUCGCAGACCAGUUUGGACAGUCGGGAAUUGCUGACCAGAUGCCGUGGUCGGACAGCUUGGCUUUACAGAACCGCGGAGCUCCGAGCACACAGGAAGAGAUUGAUGUCUUUCUAUGUUCUCCAACCACCGUGGAGGGGCGAGACGACGAGAAGAUCCUGCUGGAGCAGCUCGUAUCCUACCUCAACGGCAAAGACGAGAACGAGCUGGCCGAACUUGACAGAGCCCUGGGAAUUGACAAGCUAGUGCAGGGAGGGGGUCUGGAUAUUGUCAACGACAGAUUUCCUCAGCAACCGCCCGUGGCUCCGGUCCUUAUGGAACAGAAGUCGGGAAUGUAUCCUCAGUCGUAUCCCGCUGCCUCUCCCAACCCCGGACUUCCUAGUCCAUUCUCCAGCAUGGUCAGACAGAAGACUAACUUUGGUCCUAUGCCAGUUCAAGUGCCACCACCUAUGCAAAGAGGGCCUCAUCCAAAUGCUAUGAACAUGCAACCUCGGCAGGCGAUGGCCAGGCCCGGAACGCCCUCCAAACAGCUACUUCUGCAGCUUCAGCAAAGAGUACAAGGACCGCAGCAGAUCCUACACCAGAACCGGCAGGCCAUUCUCAGUCAGUUUGGAGUUGGCAAUGCGGUUCAGAUGGGAAUGAGACCCGGCAUCCAACAAGCCAUCACCCCUCAGCCUCCGAUAAACGCUCAGAUGCUCGCCCAGCGCCAGCGGGAACUCUACAGCCAGCAACACCGCCAACAGCAACAGCAAAUCAUGCAGCAAAGAGCUCUUCUUAUGAGGCAGCAAAAUUUUGGCAACAACCUCCCUCCUAAUGCCGGACUUUCCGUCACCAUUGGGGCUCCCCGGCUCCCACAAGGACCCCCGCAGCAGUUCCCAUAUCCUCAUAGUUAUGGUACCAACCCCGUAAACCCACCUCCGUCCACCAGUCCCUUUUCACCACUGGCCACGACCCCUGAGGCCACAUUGCCAAACCGCGGAGGUGCCACUCGAGGAGGCCUAGUGAACAGGGGGAUGAUGGGAAAUGUCGGAGGGCAGUAUGGAGCCGGAAUGAACCCUCAGAUGACACAAAAUGUCUUUCAGUACUCGGGAACAGGUAUCGGCCAACAAGCAGACCAGACGUUUGCACCAUCUCUAAGCCCCACCAGUCCCUUGAUGUCUCCUCGUCUGACCCCUUCUCAAAGCCCAAUGCUCCAGCAGAAUCCAUCCACACCCGGGUACCAGUCACCUGACCUAAAAAGUUGGCAGCAAAGCACCCUGGGAACCUCGAGUGUCUUUGGGCAAGGAGGACAGGCCCAGCCCAAUCCGGGUCAGCAAGGAAUGUACAACAACAUGAGCAUCACGGUAUCUAUGGGGGGCAACAAUGCCGGGGUCCAGAAUGUCAACCAGAUGACUGGGCAGAUGCAGAUGAGCUCCCUGCCCAUGCAGAGCAUGAAUAGCAUGUGUACAGACCAGCAGGUGAACGAUCCAUCUCUGAGAUCAGGCGGACUCUACUGCAACCAACUCUCCUCAUCGGAUCUGCUGAAAACCGAUCCAGACACUGGGCAGCAGGUACAACAAGUGCAAGUCUUUGCAGAUGUUCAAUGUACAGUGAACCUCGUGGGCGGGGACCCUUACCUGAACCAAUCAGGACCCAUCCCUACACAGAAGACCAACCCCGGCUCCCAAACACCACAGGCUCAACAAAAGAGCCUUCUGCAACAACUCCUGACCGAAUGACAGCUUGUCCGGAUCGAGUGAUUAGAAAAGUGCGAAACGCGGACGAUCUAUAGAAGUAUAUAUAUAUGCAGCAUAUAUACAUUCUAUAUAUUUUUUGGGGGGCAGAGAUGUCCGACAUCUCUUACACUGCAAAGCCAUCCUUUCGGGCGGAAAGACUACGAGGCAAAAAAAGACAUGUUGGCAAAUGUCUUUAAAACGGAGAAAGAGAGGGAAAAAAAAAACACAAACUUUUAAAAAAAACAAACAAAAACAUUUGUCGCAGUUUUUUUUUUUCCAAUUCCCCUCAAUCACCAUGUCCUUUUUGUUAUUGGACAACGCUUGGUUGGCGUCGGACUUUUUGGAGGGAGAGAGAGAGAGCUGUAGGGCUGGACAAUCGGACCGCCGGUCCCCCUUUCGAGCCAAAUGACAGAUGAUAGUUAUUUUUGUACGCAGUUGCUGUGAUGACACUGAACGGAACGGGCGCGUUUCUGGUGCCCGGAAGAGGAAUGUCGCAGAAUGUCAGUUUCAGCUGGUUCUGUCACUGAUGUGGAACCCGAAGUAGAAGACGAGG